AUGGAGUGUCUGGCUCCUUUGGGAAUGGAAAACUUUAAAAUAACGCCCGCACAGAUUUCAGCGUCCUCUCAUUAUGACGAAAAUUAUGUCCCAAGCCAUGGAAGACUACACUACAAGGGUAUUGGCGGCGCAUGGGCAGCCCUGGCGAAUGAUCUGCAUCAGUGGUUUCAAAUCGAUUUUGGAGUUGUGACAACUGUCACUUACGUGGCAACUCAAGGAAGACAUGGUACCAGCCAACGGGUGACCCAGUACAAGUUACAGUACAGUAACGAUGGAAAUUCAUUUAAAGUUUUUAAACAGCAAGGAGAGAACGCAGAUAAGGUUUUUGUUGGAAACAGUGAUGCUGACACCGUGGUAAAACAUCACUUAACUCCACCAAUCAAAGCACGAUACAUCAGACUGACGCCCACAGCACGGACCGAGCACAUAGCCAUGAGGAUGGAACUCUACGGCUGUCUUGGUAACUGA